UGAGAGAGAGAGGGGGUAUAACUUCAAUUGGUUAUCUCCGUCGUCAAAUUAAUAGUAAUAAUUAAUAAUAAAACAAUAAAGAAUCAGUCAUAUCUUCUUUGUUGUUGUUCGUCUUGGUCUUCUUCCCGUUUCUCUCCACAUUCACAUUCCGACGUCGUUUUGCGAAACUGGGGAGAUCUCUCUCCCCACCCAGAUCCAUCCCACUUCAUUCUAUCUUCCCUUAUCUGCUCCCCAUUUCAAUUUGACAUCUCACUUUUUCUUGUAUCAUCAUCAUCAUAUUUAUAUACAUCUGUAUACAUAUAUAUACACAUACAUAUACAGUUCGAAUAGUAAUAUAAAUAAAUGGCACGGAGCAGAUCGACGUCGUCAUCGAUCCGAUGGAGAUACUUGAAUCCGGCUUACUACUUGAAAAGACCCAAACGUCUUGCCCUUCUUUUCAUUGCUUUUGUCUUCGUUUCAUUCUUCGUUUGGGAUCGCCAAACUAUUGUCUUGAAACAUGAGGAAGAGCUUUCGAUGUUGAAGGAAGAAGUAGAGCGUUUGCAAAAUGAGCUUGGAGAGUUAAAGCAUGAAGGUGGUGUCUCAGUUAAAAAGACGAAUGUUACAACCAAAAGAAUUGAUGUAACUAAGGCAGGCCGUCUUGCUGCAGAUCCCAUUGAGGUUGAGCGAAGAGAAAAAGUAAAAGAUGCCAUGAUUCAUGCAUGGUCCUCGUACGAAAAAUAUGCCUGGGGAAAUGAUGAGCUUCAGCCCCAAUCAAAGAGUGGCGUGGAUAGCUUUGGUGGUCUUGGUGCAACUUUAAUUGACUCUCUUGAUACUUUAUAUAUAAUGGGUCUGGAUGAGCAGUUUCAAAGGGCUAGAGAGUGGGUGGCAAACUCUUUGGACUUCAAUAAAAAUUAUGAUGCUAGCGUGUUUGAGACGACCAUAAGAGUUGUGGGUGGCCUUCUGAGUGCCUAUGAUCUAUCUGGAGACAAUAUGUUUCUCGAGAAGGCCAAAGACAUUGCUGAUAGGCUGCUGCCUGCAUGGGAUACUCCGUCUGGUAUCCCUUACAAUAUUAUUAACUUGGCUCAUGGUAAUGCGCACAACCCUGGUUGGACUGGGGGUGACAGUAUCCUGGCAGAUUCUGGGACAGAGCAAGUGGAGUUCAUUGCACUAUCCCAAAGGAUUGGAGAUCCAAAGUAUCAGCAAAAGGUAGAAAAUGUUAUUUCAGUGCUAAAUAAGACUUUCCCUGCUGAUGGAUUGCUCCCCAUUUACAUUAAUCCCCACAGAGGAACAACAUCGCACUCUACCAUUACUUUUGGGGCUAUGGGGGACAGUUUUUAUGAGUAUUUACUUAAAGUUUGGAUACAAGGAAACAAAACUGCAGAGGUGCAGCUUUAUAGAGACAUGUGGGAGACAUCGAUGAAAGGUCUAUUGAGCUUGGUCCGCAAAACUGAACCAUCAUCUUUUACAUAUAUUUCCGAGAAGAUAGGAAAUUCUUUAAUUGACAAGAUGGAUGAGUUAGCAUGCUUUGCUCCAGGAAUGAUAGCGUUAGGGUCAUCUGGAUAUGGUUCUGCUGAUUCUUUAAAAUUCUUAAAUUUGGCUGAAGAGCUUGCUUGGACUUGCUACAAUUUUUAUCAGUCGACACCAACGAAGUUGGCUGGAGAAAAUUACUUCUUUCAUUCAGGGCAGGACAUGACUGUGGGUACAUCGUGGAAUAUAUUGAGGCCAGAGACAGUUGAGUCACUCUUUUACCUUUGGCGUUUGACUGGUAAUAAGACAUAUCAAGAAUGGGGAUGGAACAUAUUUCAAGCAUUUGAAAAGAAUUCCCGUGUGGAGUCUGGAUAUGUUGGACUAAAGGAUGUUAAUACAGGUGUGAAAGACAAUAUGAUGCAAAGCUUUUUUCUUGCAGAAACAUUGAAAUAUCUGUAUCUUUUAUUCUCGCCCCCAUCAGUUAUAUCCUUAGACGAGUGGGUAUUUAACACAGAAGCCCAUCCUAUAAAAAUCGUCCCCCGUCUUGCUCCAGGAGAACAACGUAAACCUAAUGGCAUUAGAGUACGUGCUAGGAAAGAAGGCCGUUUUGGAGGGUCUAGGACCUAAGUAUCUUGUUUGUGGAAAUUUUGGAAGAGUGCAAGAGUACAAGGAUUCAUUCGGCUCUCAUGGGCAUGUGAAAUAAACUAAAGUUGGCGGGAGGUGAACAUUUCAUUGUACUUGUGUUUUAUAGUUACAUAUUCUUAAUAUAUUCUUAAUACAGUAGGUUGUUUAGAGAGCAACACAAAUGUAGUUACAGUACUUGUAUCUGUCUAAUUUUAUCUUUAUACUUAGUAAACGAACUGAAGGGAUUUGUUUA